AUGUCUGCCUCUAAUAAAUUCAUCACCGAUGUUCUUAUUAGUUUUAAUCCAACUUUCGAUCCUCUUAUACUGGACAUUUUACUUCUUGUAGUUGGCUGUGUCUUUACUGUGUUCGUCUGUCUGUUCGGUAUUGCUGCUAAUAUCGUGAACAUACCGCUGUUUCGAAAGCUGGGCUACCAAGAUGGUGUCAAUGUUUCUCUGACUGCCCUGGCCAUUAGCGACCUGUGCGGUCUGAUAUUUGAACUUGUGUACUCUGUCUUAUUAAAUCCUUACAUCCUGGAGAAAGAAUUGGUGGUUUCUAAAAUUGUUAUAGGCUUCAUAACUUACUACUUGUUUGAAUAUUUUACAAGGGUCAGUGGCGUGAUAACUGCUUACGCCGCUUUGGAGCGCUGUCUGUCUGUGACCUGGCCACUGAAAGUCAAAAUGAUAAUCACAAAUAAAGUGUCCGUGGCGGUCAACUGGAGUAUAUUUAUGUUAUACUCUCUAUACCUGUUUCCUCAGUUUUUCACCACGUAUUUUGACUGGACUUAUGUCCCAGAACGAAACAAAACAGUGUAUGUUAUUUAUUUAACUAGCAGGAGAGCGGAAGUGUUUCCUAUAACCUAUUACAUCACGGACAUGCUCCUUCCCUGCAGCACCUACAUUGUCCUCAUCACAUGCUGCACGACUCUCUUUGUGAAGCUCAAGUCUAAGGCCAAAUGGAGGCAGCUGGUAUCAAGCUCUUGCGACAAGGUUUCUCAUGUCAACAGAAAGGAGCUCAAGUCUGCAAGGAUGUUCAUGGCUGUCUCCUUCAUGGCCGUGGUGCUUCUCCUGCCCCAGUCCGUGAUGUUUUCUGUCUUGAUCUUCAUUAGGGCUCUAGCGAUGGACGGCCAAUACGGGGAUCUGAGACAUGCACUUAAUACUUGUGUCAAUUUACUGAAGAUCAGCAACUCUAGUUUCACUAUAUUCAUCUACUAUAACAUGAGUACCAAGUACAGAUUUGAGUUUCAGAGAAUGUUGGCGAAAUUUAAAUCAAACGUGAAAUUACAACCGGAAAUUCACAAGUGA